AUGUCUCGAUCCUGUGCCAUCUCCCGCCAGUUAUCGGCAUGGAGAUCGCGCAAGUCCGCUUCAGAAGAUCGGCCUCCGCCCUACCGGUCGUCCCAGGUCACGCCGAUUUCACGCCGAUCAUUUAUCGGCGGCGGCGGCGUGGCAAAAAAGCCCGGCGGCGGCGGCGCGCCGGCGCGGCGCACACGUCUAGCCGGCAUAGCGUGUGGAGGGUCCCUUAUCAGCUACCGGCAUGUACUCACCGCGGCGCAUUGCGUGGUUUUACAGCACGCGUAUAGAUAUGAGGAUGUGAAAGUCUUCUUAGCUGAAUACGACACUCGCACACCGACGGACUGCGUCGGCACCCUGUGCGUCCACACCGCGGUGAUGCAGCCUGAGAGGAUCGUCUACCACAACCAGUACCAACCGCAAGUGUUCCACAACGAUAUCGCCAUGUUGACGCUCAGAGGAGACGCUCCUAACACUGACUACAUCCGCCCUAUUCUCCUGCCGACUUUCAACAUCAACGAACCCAAAUACGAAGGGAUCCCUCUCACCAUAACUGGCUGGGGUCAAACCGAACACAGCCAAUCAUCGCCCAUCAAACUCCGCGCACAAGUCCAACUAGUAUCCCCUAAUACUUAUAGUAAACACGCACAGGUGACACCUGGAGUUCUCUGUGCAUCAAGCAAGAACGGCCAAGACAUGUGCUUCGGCGACUCUGGUGGACCGAUCAUGUUAGCACAUGACGGCAACUAUUAUCUUACAGGAAUAGUCAGUCACAGGAUUUCACCUUGUGGUUCAUCUGUGCCGUCUAUGUAUACUAAUGUGUAUUCUUAUUUAGAUUGGAUACAGUAUUAUAUGAGGAAUUGAAGGACGAUG